AGACUCUCUUUGUUCCUUCAUCUCUGAGGCAGAGAGCCUUUGCCAGAACUGGAGAGGAUGGAGGAAGCAAUCGGCUGGACCCAAUUCUCCCACUGUCAAAAUGAAAGGACUCAAAGGAGAGUAUUCAGAGUUUAAAUUAAAAGCACCUAACUCAGACUGUCCAGCUGACUUUACAGGAGGCUUAACGGGAAAAGACCCUCUGAUGCUCGGAGUCAUAUUCAAGAUAAGUGUCUCACCUUGGCUACAUAAGGGACUACACCCUUAAAAAUAGGGCAGUUUAAUAUCUUAAUUUUAGUAUUUACAUUGUGUGUCAUUGGCUACUGUGAAUACACCUGCCCUUAAAGUAUCAUUGAAUAAUUAUUUUCUACAUCUAUUUUUUCCUUACAGAAAAUUCAGCAUUUUAGAAAGAUGCAUGGUCUUCUAGAUAACAUUACUGCAUUUUAGAUUAUUUUUUCCCCACCAGGUUUGACUGCUUUCACCUUGUUCUGAAUACGUCUAAGAUCUGUGUUGUGAAUGUCUGACUGUGGGUUAUGAUAUGCCAGAUAAUUGGCCACCUGUCUUCUGCUGAUUGCUACUAACACAGUACAGCUGAUGAAUCAGUUAAUGAGUUCUAUGCAAAGUCAGCCUGUGUAAAAUGGUUAAAAUCAAGCUGGCUGACUUGUACUGCAGUAGAUGAGGAGGGCUUGUGUUGUCUUCCCACUUGGAAGAAAUGUUUUCUCAGGACACGUAAUUUUAGUUACACUUGUCAAAGUAUUUUUCUUGAGCCAGUUUAGUGUAGCUUGAAGGAGAACAGUCACACUAUAUAAUGGAGAGAUUGGAGGGUAGUUGUAAUGAUCGUUCUACUGCUCCUGCCACCAGUGCUACUCUACUAGUACCAUUGAGAACUAGUAACUGAUUGUAUGUGAGUCCUAGUCCAUUGUAACUGUAAGUAUUUUGAAGAGUAAGAUGUACUGGUAGAAUAAUAAGCAGAAUGCAUUUGCCUUUGCUGCUUUUUUGUCAAAUUAGUCUGUCUUCAGCAUUUCUAAUCUAACCUUCAUACCCAGCACCAAAUCCUUGCAAAAAGGAAAACUGUCUAGGCUGCAGGCUUGUAGCUCUUUGAAGAAUGUGCAGGUGUUUCACCUGGUACUGAAGUCUUUUUUGAGUCUUGUACCUUGUAGAGGUUGUUUAGGUGUUAUGUCUUUUCUAGUGCUGUGUGAUGAAAGACUUCGAUAAAGUACCUCUUCACAAAAAGUGCGGUUAAAACGACAAGAAAUACCUCUCCUUUUGUUGCUCAGAGCAAUUUGAAGUAUUCAGGAGCCUCACUUUGGACCUUCUGUAGUAUCUACUAUUGCAGUAUUUAAAUUGACUGUGUUGCACUAAUUAAAACCAGUAAUUUUUUCUUAGUGAUUAAUUAAAUAGUAAUUUUUUUUACAGACUUGAUCAAAGCUUUACACCUUUUCUGAUUGUCAAAAGUGGAAAUGAGAUUACUUUUCUGCCAAAAUCUUGUUUAUCAAAGGGAUGCUCUACUUUUCCAUUGUUCAUUUUACAAUCUGUUUGCAUUUGUGGAUGGGAUUACAGCGCUGUAAAACAGAGGCUCUGUCUAUAACAGAGUAAAAGUCACGGUUGAUGGAGAAACAAUCCUGAUGGUAAAAAAAAUUUACUAUGUGGGAGAAGGGAAUGCUUCCUAAUGAAUCUAAUUUCACUGCAAUCAAAAAACCAUAAAUGUGGAUGUUUGAAAACAAUAUUUUCUUUCCAUGUUUAUAUAAUCCUUCAAUUUGACAGGUCUGCUCAGUACUGGGGGAGAUGUUGACUGCUUUGCUGUGUGGAUGCACUUUCAAAGCCCUCUCCUUUCCUAUCUGUUUCCCAGCUGUUUGGACUGGAGGGUGUCUCUAGGCAGAGGGUGAGAAAGCCUUACUGACAUCAGGGCUUAAGUUUUCCUUUGAUAUGUUGCCUGGAGGCCGGUGGGGAAAGCAAGCUGAGGGCCAGAUUGGUUUACAUUCUGGCUUCCAGUGGUGUUUUAGAAGCUGGUUAGGGAGGUGAAGAGGCAUAACAUUGAAUAUUUGAAACUGAAUUAAUUAGGCUCUUGGCAACAGGGUUUGGAAGACAGGAGAACCAAGGCUGCUGUAGUGAUGGAUCAGGAAGUGAUCUCAAUCAAGCAGUGAGGUGCUUGCAGAUAAAGACAAGUCUGGCAUUUUGUGUAGUGUGUAAUCUAGCUCAGAGCAAAGCAGAAACAUAAGACUCCCAUAGCCUGAUGAUAAAAAAUCCUCAUCUGUGCUUAAAAACAUAAAAAGUGAAGCUAGUUUGAUAGAAAGGUGGUGGUUAAAUGUAUUUAUAUAAAACUCUUGGUGACUUCAGUUAAGAUCCUCUUGGGCUCAGUGUCGUCAGCACUGUACAAACACAUGAAUUCCCAGUUUCUAGUGUAAAGAACUUGAAAUAUAGAGGCAGAUAUCAUACGAAAGGUGGUGUUGAGGAGGAUAAAACAACAAAUAUUAUUUUAAAUUAAAAUCUUGUAAAUAGCUGAAUAUUGAAUGUUACUAAAAAAGUCAAUACGAAGGUUCCUGGAUAACCUUUCCAUUGCUGUCUUGUGCAUAUACACUGUCAUAUUUCUUCUCUGUGUAAUCACCUAGCAUUCACAGGAUGUUGGUGCCAUGUUCUACUAGAAAUGUGGGAAAAAUAUUUGGUUACCUUAAGCCUUGCUAAAUGGCUUCAGUUUGUCAGGAAACAAAGUUUGAGUCACUGAUGUCUGCUAGGCUAAUAUAGCUCUCCUGACAAAGGAUUGUUUUUCUUUAGGAAUGUGUACCCAUGCCCUAGGCGUCUGAAAACAAACAUGAAGUUUGCAGGCAAUUCUUUAGAAAAUUUCUGUGCUGCCUUUUACUGUCUGUCAAAAUUGGUCCUUGAACUUGGUGAGAUAAGAGAGGAGGUAGAAGAGCUCCCUGCUCUGAUCUCUUUAACCUCUCAUGUGUUUUGUUCUCUGAAUGGCUAAUUGCAUUUUGUAUCUUGUUUUGCUAGAUGGGUUGGUGAUCCCAUUGGUGGAACUGUCUGCAAAACAGGUUGCAUUUCACAUUCCGUUCGAGGUGGUGGAGAAAGUUUAUCCUCCAGUGCCUGAGCAACUGCAGCUUCGAAUCGCCUUCUGGAGUUUCCCAGAAAAUGAGGAAGAUAUCAGAUUGUACUCGUGUUUGGCAAAUGGCAGUGCAGAUGAGUUCCAGCGAGGGGAGCAGCUGUUCCGGGUGAGGGCUGUCAAAGACCCUCUCCAGAUAGGUUUCCAUCUGAGUGCUACUGUGGUACCCCCACAGAUGGUGCCACCCAAAGGUGCAUACAAUGUGGCAGUGAUGUUCGACCGAUGCAGGAUCACAUCAUGCAGCUGUACCUGUGGAGCUGGAGCCAAGUGGUGUGCUCACGUCGUGGCACUCUGCCUCUUCCGGAUACACAACGCAUCUGCGGUAUGCUUACGAGCACCUGUUUCUGAGUCCUUGUCUCGGCUACAAAGAGACCAAUUGCAAAAAUUCGCUCAGUACCUAAUCAGUGAACUUCCACAACAGAUUCUUCCAACAGCUCAGCGCUUGCUGGAUGAGCUGUUAUCUUCUCAGUCUACUGCCAUCAACACGGUGUGUGGAGCCCCAGAUCCUACUGCUGGACCCUCUGCAUCAGAUCAAAGCACCUGGUACUUAGAUGAAUCUACUCUGAGUGACAAUAUAAAGAAAACCCUUCAUAAAUUCUGUGGACCCUCUCCUGUUGUUUUCAGUGAUGUGAAUUCAAUGUAUCUUUCUUCCACGGAGCCACCAGCUGCUGCUGAGUGGGCCUGUCUCCUGCGUCCCCUGCGAGGAAGAGAGCCUGAAGGAAUCUGGAACCUGCUUUCCAUUGUACGAGAGAUGUUUAAGAGGCGGGAUAGCAAUGCAGCUCCUUUGCUGGAGAUUCUGACUGACCAGUGUCUCAACUAUGAGCAGAUAACUGGCUGGUGGUACAGUGUGCGAACAUCUGCAUCACACAGCAGUGCUAGUGGGCACACAGGACGCAGCAAUGGCCAGUCAGAAGUAGCUGCUCACGCUUGUGCAAGUAUGUGUGAUGAAAUGGUGGUUCUUUGGAGGCUGGCUGUCCUUGACCCAACUAUUAGUCCACAGAGGCGCAGAGACCUUUGCUCACAGCUCAGACAAUGGCAGCUGAAAGUCAUAGAUAAUGUUAAGAGGGGGCAGCACAAGAAAUCACUGGAGAAGCUCUUCCAGGGUUUCAAACCAGCUGUGGAAGCCUGUUACUUCAACUGGGAGGAAGCUUAUCCCAUUCCUGGGAUCACAUAUAGCAGCACUGACAAGAAGAACUCAUUCUGUUGGGUAAAGGCCAUCCAGCAGAGGAGCUGCCGCUUGCAGUGUGCAGAAACUGCCUGUGAGUCUGGUAGAACCCAUGGACAGGAGCCUGGGGGAGCGUGUCUGCAGCCUGGGGACAGGCUGCGUCCCUCUCCCCAGGAGCCAGCAGUUCGUCCAAAGGAACUUAUUGGAAAGCGUAAAGUUGUCUCUGAAACACCACAGAGGGUUCUGAGACGACUUUCAGCAGAAGGUGAUAAAGCUGUGUAUAAGACUGCAGUGGGGAAAACAAAGUUGCCAGUGAGUAAAGGCUUGACCAGUAAACAUAGUGGGAAACGUCGCAUGAGCAGUGAAGACAGCUCUCUGGAGCCGGACUUGGCAGAGAUGAGCCUGGAUGACAGCAGCUUGGCUCUGGGGGCAGAAGCCAGCAACACAUUUAGUUUUACAGAAAGUCCAAUGAGCAGGAGCUACAGGGAUACCUUUGAGGAGGAUGCUGGGGUGUACUUCUCUGAGGGACCUGAGCCCAGUGUCAGGACCAGUUCCAUAGCCAAGAAAUCACCCAAGGAUCCUGUGGGGGAAAUGGGUAGUGGUGAUGACGACCUGCCUUCUGCAGAUGAGAACAGCGGUGGUGUGAGCCUGAAGCCAGAAGAAGUGGGAGAGAAUGGUGCAGCAGGGGGAGGGGAUGAUGGAGAAGAGGAAGAUGAUUACCAGGUAUACUAUCUGAAUCCACAAGAGGUAGCCAAGGAAGAUGAUGACAAAGCUGAAGGGGGAAAUGAAGAGGAGCAGGAUAUAUUUGCUGGUAUAAAGCCUCUGGAGCAGGAGAACCAGAUGGAGAUCCUGUUUGCUUGUGCAGAGGCCCUGUAUGCACAUGGAUACAGUAAUGAAGCAUGCCGCUUAACUGUAGAGCUUGCCAGGGACCUACUGGCCAACCCUCCAGAUCUCAAAGUGGAGCAGCCACCAACUAAGGGCAAAAAGAACAAGGUAUCAACCAGCAAGCAGACAUGGAUGGCAACCAACACCUUGUCUAAAGCGGCUUUCUUGCUGACUGUAUUGAGUGAGCGGCUGGAGUACCACAACCUGGCCUUUCGAAUAGGAAUGUUUGCUCUGGAGCUGCAGAGACCCCCUGCCUCCACAAAGGCUCUGGAGGUGAAGCUGGCAUAUCAGGAGUCUGAGAUUGUUGCCCUCUUGAAGAAGAUUCCCUUGGGCACUAAUGAGAUGAACACUAUUCGAGGAAGAGCUGAAGAACUGCGAGAAGGGACACUGUGUGAUUACCGUCCUGUCCUGCCUCUGAUGUUGGCUAGCUUUAUAUUUGAUGUCCUGUGCACUCCAGUGGUUUCUCCUACAGGCUCUAGACCCCCAAGCCGUAAUUGGAAUAAUGAAAUGCCUGGUGAUGAAGAGCUUGGUUUUGAGGCAGCUGUUGCUGCUCUUGGUAUGAAAACAACUGUCAGUGAAGCAGAACAUCCUCUGUUGUGUGAAGGCACCCGAAGGGAGAAAGGGGAUCUGGCGCUAGCCCUGAUGAUUACUUACAAGGAUGAUCAGUCUAAGCUGAAGAAGAUUUUAGACAAACUCCUGGACAGAGAGAGUCAAACUCACAAACCACAGACUCUGAGUUCCUUCUACUCAUCUAGCAAGCCUACAGUAGCAAAUCAAAAAUCUCCUUCCAAACAUGCUGCUCAGUCCACUGCAGCUAUCCAGCAGCUUCCAGGGACUUCUGUCACUCAGCAAGCUGCUGUAAGCACUGCAGUCCAGAGCAGUCCUGAGAACUUCGUGGAGAAGAGUGCACAGGAGAGCUCUCAGAGGUCCCCCUGUGAGCCAGCUGCGGAAGCCACUGUCUUGAAACAAGAGGGAAAGGUGCCCAGCCGUCUGGCCCUUGGAAACCGAGGUGGAUACAAUGGGAGAUGUUGGGGUUCACCUGUCAGGCAGAAGAAGAAACACACAGGCAUGGCUAGUAUUGACAGCAGUGCUCCUGAAACCACCUCUGACAGUUCUCCAACGCUCAGUCGGCGUCCGCUACGUGGGGGAUGGGCAACAACAUCCUGGGGCAGAGGACAAGACAGUGACAGUAUCAGCAGUUCUUCAAGUGAUUCGCUGGGAUCUUCCUCUUCCAGUGGCAGUAGGAGAGCCAGUGGGGGAGCCCGUGCAAAGACUGUGGAAGUUGGCAGGUAUAAAGGGAGGCGGCUGGAGAGCCAUGCUCCUCAUGUCCCAAACCAGCCCUCGGAGGCAGCUGCUCACUUCUACUUUGAAUUGGCCAAGACAGUUCUUAUCAAAGCAGGUGGAAACAGCAGUACCUCCAUCUUCACCCACCCUUCCUCCAGUGGUGGGCACCAGGGACCACACCGCAACCUUCACCUCUGCGCCUUCGAGAUUGGGCUGUAUGCACUAGGGCUGCACAACUUCGUGUCUCCCAACUGGCUCUCUCGAACUUACUCUUCCCAUGUCUCUUGGAUCACAGGGCAGGCCAUGGAGAUUGGUAGCGCAGCCUUGAACAUCUUGGUGGAGUGUUGGGAUGGACAUCUGACUCCCCCAGAGGUGGCAUCAUUGGCAGACAGAGCUUCACGGGCCAGAGACUCCAACAUGGUACGGGCAGCUGCUGAACUGGCACUCAGCUGCCUGCCCCAUGCCCAUGCCCUGAACCCAAAUGAGAUCCAGAGGGCUCUGGUGCAGUGUAAGGAACAGGACAAUCUGAUGCUGGAAAAGGCCUGUAUGGCAGUAGAGGAGGCGGCCAAAGGAGGUGGCGUGUACCCAGAAGUCCUCUUUGAAGUAGCUCACCAGUGGUACUGGCUUUAUGAACAGACUGUUGGUGGGACCCCAGCCCAGAGAGAAGGUGCCACCGGCUGCAGUGCCAGUGGUGCACGGGCUGCCUCUGAAGCAGCGCGGGGGUUGUCAGACAACCGGGUGACAUCUGAGCCCACCACAGUAACAGUGGCAGCUGCGGUAACUGCGGCAGCAACAGUCAUGCCGGUGAUCUCUGUGGGGUCGACCAUGUACCAGCAGCAUACGAUGGCAGGGCCAGCAAUGGCACAUACACACACGCAGGGCCUCCACCCUUACACCACCCUUCAGACUCACAUCCCCUGUAAUCCCCAGUAUAUUGGACACACUAUCCAGCAUAUGCCGCGCCCAGCUGUCUUCCCAGUCCCUGGCUCAGCAUACCCGCAGGGUGUCCAUCCAGCAUUCAUAGGAGCACAGUACCCUUAUUCAGUAACUACACCAUCAUUGGCAGCUACAGCAGUGUCAUUCCCUGGUGUGCCGGUCCCAUCCAUGACGCAGAUUGCGGUGCAUCCCUAUCACAGUGAGACAGGACUGUCACUGUCUUCCAACGUAGCGAUAGGAAGUGUCCAUGCAGGAUCAACGUUCCCAGCGAUUCAGGGGGCUUCCUUGACAACUCUGUCCUCACAGCCCAACUCCCUUGUUACAGGGGGUUUUCCUGCCGAGGAUGAGCAGCACAGUCAGCCUGUGAGCCCUCAGGGUCUGCACUACCUCCACUCCGCAUACCGAGUUGGGAUGCUGGCUCUGGAGAUGCUUGGCCGAAGAGCUCACAACGACCAUCCCAACAACUUCUCCCGCAGCCCACCUUACACAGAGGAUGUAAAAUGGCUCCUUGGGUUAGCUGCGAAGUUAGGUGUAAACUACGUGCAUCAGUUUUGCGUUGGUGCAGCCAAGGGGGUGUUGAGCCCUUUCGUGCUCCAGGAGAUCAUCAUGGAAGCUCUACAGAGGCUCAACCCUGCCCAUGUGCACAACCACCUGCGCACCCCAGCCUUCCACCAGCUGGUGCAGAGGUGCCAGCAGGCCUACAUACAGUACAUCCAUCACCGGCUGAUCCAUCUCACUCCAGCUGACUACGAUGACUUUGUGAAUGCCAUCCGCAGCGCCAGAAGCGCCUUCUGCCUGACUCCCAUGGGCAUGAUGCAGUUUAAUGAUAUUAUCCAGAACAUGAAGCGCAGCAAGCAGACAAAGGAGCUGUGGCAAAGGGUCUCUCUGGAAAUGACCACCUUUUCACCGUGACAACAGGUGGAGCUCCACGGACACACAACCCUUUGCUCUGCGUAGUUGUAGUUCCAUUUACGCCAUCCUUCCUUCUGGUGUCUUUUUUAAUUUAGUUUUAACUUGUUGGAAACCACUGAUAUGAUGUAUUUAUACCAUGACAUUCCUCUCCAGCACUGUUGUGUGUUGGCGCUCUGCUUUGCUCGCUCUUCUUCCUCCUUCCCAGUGGGCUGCAGGCUUCAGAAACAUCAGGAAAUGAGAAGGAAGUUGAGCUGGCUGCCCUGUGGUGUAGUCACCGCUUUUUUCCCUGAGCCCCUGGAGUCUGUCCUGCGAGCAGUUUGCAGUGUGGUUACGCACAUGUUAGAGGGGUGGGGAAUUCUGUCUUAAAUAUUUAUUUUGGCAUUUAUAAAUAUGUAAACUUUUUUUUUUGUAUGGGCUUCUCUUACUCCACACACCAUCCUCUGUCAGGAGAGGCUGGGACUGCUGUGUGCAGCCAGUGCUCCCUCCAUUCCUUUCAGCACCUCCUGCUGAGAGAAGCUGAGACUGGAUUAGCAGGGCCAGGGCCUCUCUGCAGCAGCUGCUGAGGGCAGAGACUGAAGCUUGGGCAGUCAGAGUUGGUGACUGUACUGAGCUGCCUGGAGACUGCCAGAAGUACUUGAGCUCUUUCUCAGGAGUGUCCCACACUGGGCACUGCUGGCUCAUAGGAUGUUUUGAUCCUGGUUAUUCCGAAUUGUACAAUCAUGUUUCUUUUGGCUGGGGUAUUACUCUCCUGUAAUGAGUUUCUUAUCCCUUGUCUCUUCUCAUUUCCUGAUUAAACACUCGUUUUCUUAGACUGAC